UUCUAUUCAAAAACAAAUCAAAUCUGCGCUGUUCUUAAAAUCAUCUUCGGCAGUGUAUAUUUAUUUCUUAAUCAAUUCCUUUUGCCUUCUAUGAUACGUAGAUAUGCCAAUUUGUUAAAAAUCUAGUGUUUUGUUAUUUUGGAAUAGUUUUUAGUGUAUGUGAUUUGUGUAUAUAGGACUCGAAGUUACGUCUUACCAUGACAUAAGUAAUCGCAAUAUUUUAAAACCUUUAGGUUUAUACUAUUAUUAAACUAAAAUGGUGUUUGAAUCGAUAGUUGUUGAUGUCCUUAAUAGAUUUCUCGGAGACUACGUCGAGAAUUUAAACAGGUCUCAGUUAAAGUUAGGAAUAUGGGGCGGCGACGUAGUGCUAGAAAACUUAAUAUUGAAGCAAAAUGCAUUGGAAGAACUCAACAUCCCUGUCCAGACAGUUUAUGGACAUCUAGGAAAACUUGUCCUUAAAAUACCAUGGAAGAAUUUGUACGGCGCUUCAGUAGAAGCGACGAUCGAACGACUCUUCUUGAUUGUAAAUCCAUCUGCUGAAAUCAAAUAUGAUCCGGAAAAAGAAGAGAAGAUGGCGUUAGCGUCGAAGCAAGCGGAGUUGGCGAGAGUUGAAGAAGCCAAGAAGAAAGAAGCACAAAAAGAUCAGAACAAACUAGAUGAGACCUUCGUUGAGAAGUUGGUUACACAGAUAAUCAAGAAUGUGCAAUUGAAAAUAACUGAUAUUCACAUAAGAUACGAGGACAGUAUAACGAAUCCCAAAGCACCCUUUUCUUUUGGAAUCACGUUACAUAACUUGUCUGUACAUACUACUGACGAAAACUGGAAGCAAGCAGUUAUUCAAGAAGCUGUCACCAAAAUAUUUAAGAUAUUGGAUUUGGAAGGAUUAGCUAUUUAUUGGAAUCCAGCCACAGAGUUGUAUUCAAAGUCCGAAGCGCAAGAUAUUAAGGUCAGGCUACAGAAUGAGAUCGCAACGAAAUCAUCACAACCUUCAUCUUAUAAAUACGCAUUGGGACCAAUUAACGCCACGGCCAAGUUAAAAUUAAAUCCCAAGCCGGAGGGCGACACACCAAAGUUCAGCAUACCUAAGGUGAUACUGAGCCUUCACAUGGAACAGUUGUCCGUCAGCCUCACCAAGGAUCAGUACCAAGAUAUGAUGCUUCUUGCCGACUCUAUGGACAGGAUGAGCAAGGGAGCCCCCUACAGAAAAUACCGUCCCGAUGUAAGGAGUUACAAGAAUCAUUACAAGCAAUGGUGGCAUUUCGCGUACACUUGUAUAUUAGAAGACGAGGUGAGACGUCGUCGUAGGAACUGGGAGUGGACGCACAUGUUGAACCAUCGCCGGCUCUGCAAGGACUAUGCCAGCGCGUACCAGUGCAAACUUACCAAUAAGGGGAAAGUCUCCACUGAACAGAAUAACAUCAUCUGCCAAGCUGAGAAAUCACUAGAUCUACUCAACUUGGUAGUCAUCAGACAGAGGAUAGAAAUGGAAGUGGAAAGAUUAGGUAAACUGGAAGAAGAAGCACGUAAAUCUCGUGGCUGGUUUGGCGGCUGGUGGUCGAGAGGCAGUUCCAAGGAUGAAGAACUUACUGAAGGAACAGCUAUAAUGAAACAGUUCGAGAAGGCGAUGACUGUUGAUGAGAAGGAAAAGCUGUUCCGCGCGAUCGACUACCAGGAGAAAGUCGAUGUUCAAAUGAAAUCGUUCACCGUGUCCGGCGUGCAGCAAGGCGAGAUUGUGCCUCAGUUGGUCACCUCCAAGGAAGUUGCACAAGACGCGAAUUUGUUGAAUGUUGUAUUCGAAACGAACCCAUUGGACGGCAAGUGCGACCAGCGCGUGCAGGUGCUAGCGCGGCCGCUGCAGAUUGUUUACGACGCGCAGACCGUCAUCGAGAUCGUCAACGUCUUCAAACCUCCCACCGAGUCCACCGCACUCACCACUUUACAAGCAGCAGCGGGUAACAAAUUGUCCGAUUUAAAAGAAAAAUCAGCAUUGGGAAUGCAAUAUGCAGUACAUCAUCAUACGUUCAUCGAUUUGGAUAUAGAUAUUGCAGCCUCGUAUAUUAUUGUGCCACAAACUGGUAUAUACAGAGGUGAUGAGGCGUGCGUGGUGGUGAAGCAUUCUGCAUUUACUUCAAAUAAGGUUACAAUAGUGAUAGCGUGUGCACAAGAGGAGUGGCAGACGGCGAUAGGGUCGGAUGUGGGUACGCCGCUGCACCUGUUGCAGCCCACCAACCUCACCAUACAGAUACACAAGUGUCUCAUCACUGACGACCCUCGCAUGCCCAAAAUCAAGGUUCGCGGAGAACUCGAGAAGAUCGCCAUCUCGGUCUCAGAGGACAGGCUGUUAACUCUAUGCGAAAUAUUAGUAAGCAUGCCUUUGCCACAAUCUGAAGAGACGACCCAAUUAAAGAUAUUUUGCUACAAAUUUGCGUAUACCGUGAGUGGGCAAGUGCUUGACUAUCCGCUCUUUGGUGAUCCUCGCACCGACCCUAUUGCGGCCAGUGAUUCGAAGGCAUCAAGUCUGUCAUUGCUGAAGUAUCUAGACCCAGCAGAGAAACAGAAAAGAGACACAGCGCGCUCCAAGCAAAGGAAAACUGACGAACAAUCUGUCCAGCUCACUGAAGUGGAGGCUUUCUUUAUUAUGAAAGAAUUAAUUCUAAGUGUGAACCGCAAGAUAUCAGCACAGUCGCGUGGAUACGACAAGUUCUUAGUAUUCUCGCUGCAACUGCUGGAGCUGACGGCGACGCAGAAGACGUUCACGCUGGAGGCGACGGUGAGGCUGGGCGCUGUCAACAUGCAGCACCACAGGACCGGGCACCGCAUCAUCAACAUGAUAGAGACACCUGAAGUGCCUGACGUCACUGAUGCUGCAUUGACCAAUCAGUAUUUGUUCGCGGUCACUUAUCGUAAUGUUGACAAGAAAUGUCCAGAAUUCAGAAGUCACUACGGAUCUAUCGAGCAACUGAUUGAAUUAGAUUUUACGACUCUCAAACUGUUGUUACAUCUGCAAGGGCUGCAAGAGAUACUAAUAAUUGCCAACGAAUAUCAGACUCGUUUACAAAACAUCCAAAGCAAAGUUGACAGAUACGCUAAUGCAGGUCCUUUGGAAACUAUUAUGGAAGAUGAAGAAUUUUCUGUAGCCAAAUCUAAAGCGAGUGUGUCGAAGCCCGCGCGCCGCAAGCAGAUCGAAAGCAUCCAGCUGAAGGUGAAUGUGAAGAUCGGCGCGGUGGAGAUUGGGUUCGCGACGGAGCGGCGGCCGCUCGCCGCGCUGCGGCUGCAGGGCGCCGGCGCCGGCCUCGUGCUCAAGCCCUCCUACACGCAGCUCGACUGCGCGGUCGCCUCCAUCAAGGUCGAAGACCUCAACCCUGAGACUAUACAUAGAGAGAUUUUAAAAGUACUAGGAGGUGACGUCAUCAACGUUCAAAUAGUGAUGUACAACCUGGAGCAGUACCCGAACGUUAGCGAUGUUAACAUGUCGAUAGACGCGCAGAUCAACUGCUUGCGUAUCGUCUUCCUCAACUGGUUCGUCACAUCGAUGCUGGAGUUCCUGAAUAACUUCCAAACGGCUCAGCAAGCGAUCAUCGAGGCAUCAUCUCAGGCGGCGGACGCGGCGCGCGCUAACGUGCAGACUGCGUACCAGAACCUGACGAAGCUGUCGCUGAAGGUGCGCCUCGCCGCGCCCAUCAUCCUGGUCCCGGAGAACUCCGCCAGCCGCCGCGCCGUGCUCGUCGACCUCGGCCGCAUGACCCUCAACAACAAGUUCGUCGACCUGCCCGUUGCCGACGUGAGCAACAAAGUGACGGUAGACGAGCUGAUGCUGGAGCUGGAGGAUAUGAAGCUGUCGUGUGUGGAGCUGCGCGCGGAGCAGCUGGACGUGCUGCACGAGCGCAAGCUGCUGCGGCCCACCAGCUUCAAGCUGUUUGUGAAGCGCAGCUUGUCGCAGUGGUACGACACGCUGCCGGACCUCGACAUCUCCGGCAGGAUGAACACCAUCGCGAUAACCGUAGGGCACAGCGAUUACAAGAGUAUUAUGAAGAUCCUGAAUCAGAAUCUCCAAGAAGGUCAAACGAAGACUGAAGACACGAAAGCUGCUCAGACGAUGCCCAAAGCUACUUCUAAAGUAGGCGUGAAGAUACAGGUCAGCAAGGCGCAGGUCAAGUCCAUGUCGGCUCCUGUCACCCCCGUCGAAGACAAGAAACCUAGGACGACUAUUAAAUUUGCAUUCACUAUGGAUAGCUUUGUUAUCGACCUUUUGAAUACCACUGCUUCGGUCGAGAAUCCAUCAAACAGUUUGGACGUGGAUUUGGCGCGGUUCUGCCUGGCGCUGCUGUCGGUGAAGGGGCGCAUGUUCUCCGACGGCUCGCUGCACACCUCCGUGCUGCUCGUCGACUGCACGCUGGACGACACGCGCCCCGGCAGGGGGGCUAAGAUUACACGGUAUCUGGAAAGACGACGUGAUAACCAGGAAGCGUUGUUAGAACGGACGCAGGAAUCGACUGCGAUUAUGGAAGCAAAUGAUAAAAUUCGCAGCAUGAUCGAUAUUACAUACACAAUGAAGAACUCUGACACAUUCAUUGACAUGAGAAUAUUCAGUUUCAAUCUAAUCCUGGCAAUGGACUUCCUGAACAAGAUCGCAGAGUUCAUGACUACGGGCUUGGCGGAAGACGCGCCUGACGCCGCUGACCUCAAGCUCCGCCCCAACGCAGACAAAUCCACAGACAAUGCCACUUUACAGAGGCGGAAGACGAUGACGAGCACGGUGGCGGUGGAGCCAGCGCAGAAGCCGUCCAUGAUGACCGUCAAUAUAAAGAUUGAGCAGCCAGACAUCAUCCUGGUGGAGUCGCUCGAGCAGAAGCAAUGCGACGCUCUAGUGCUCAAUCUGUACAUGGAGUCGACGUGGGCGAUGCAGGUGUCGUACUACAACAUCGGGCGCGCGGUGUGGGAGCCGCUCAUAGAGCCCGUCGAAGUGCUCAAGGACUCGCAGUACCGACACGUGCCCUGGGAACUCAAGAUGGAGGUUGUAAUGAGGCCACAAGAAGCGCACACAGCAAUCGACACGACGGACGAGGCGGCUAACCUGGCGGUGGUGGCGCAGCGGCAAGCCAACAAGACUAUCACCAUCUCCAGCAGCGAGCCAUUGGAGAUCACCAUCACCAGGACCGGCAUGGAGGUGCUGACACAACUCGGUAAUUCGUUCGCCGCUGCAGUAGCCACUGAAGCCGACACCACUAUAGUCGCCAAGGCCAAAGUUGAUGAUAUCACUAAAAAGGAAUAUUUGGGCGCUCCGUACGUUCUGCACAACUGUAUCGGCCUAACAGCAAAGCUCUUGCUUCAGAACAACAAAGAUUUCUCUGUCUUCCUCACAGAUGAACAUAAGUCCAGUGAUUAUAGGGAAGUUGUGCUAGAGCCCGGCGCAUGCGUUCCUUUGCAACUGAAACAUGGCGGUCUCAAUUUGAUGAAACUUAACGAACCGCCACCGCCUCUUAAAUUAAACGUCAAGAUAGUAGAGCUAGAGGAAGAGGUUAUAAUCCCGGUGGAGCGCGCGGACAAGCGGUACUUCGCUUUGGGGCGGAGACACUCUGCGUCUCGCGGAGCUUCGGGUGCGGGUGCGGGCACGUUAGAGAAGCACGUGCCGCACGCUGCCGCCGUCGAGCCGCGCGGACUCAUCUCCGACGUAGUGAUGCAGGACGCCGCCCUGCAUAUAUACAUGCGAAGCAUCGUACAAGUAAUAAACAGUUUGUCAGUGAACGUGUCGGUGUACUACAUGACGCUGAGCGGCAACGAGGUGCGGCUGCUGGGCGAGGUGAAGCCGGCCGGCGUGCUGCGCCUGCCGCUGCAGGCCGUGCACACGCCCACCGCUGAAUUAUUCUUCUCCGUUGAAGGUUUCACAGUAUCAGUAUCGCCAUUCAUUUGGCGCGAAUUGCAGAACGAAGUGACUAUAACAAAACUAUUGCAAUGUGACUCAAAGGAUAAGACUAGCGGGGAAAAGUUCUAUCUUAAGGCUGUAGGCAGUAUGGAGCAGGUAUUCUUCGAGCACUCCAACCGGCACACGUUCGCGUCCUCGUGCUACGAGGUGGUGCUGAAGCCGGCUGUGAAGCUGCAGAACUGCCUGCCGGUGGACAUCAUCGUGUCGCAGCUCGGCCUCAAGCGCACGCAAGUCUUCAAGCCCGGGGAGAUGUUCCAUCUGUCACAUCUAGCGCCCAACAGAGCCUCCAUUGUUGUUAUGAUACAAAGCUAUUUAGACAAAUGCUGGGUAUGCACCAAGAAUUUGCCCGACGAGGAGACGGAGCUAUCCGUGUGGUCUUUCGAGUCUCACGACAGUCCGGCUGUGAUGACCCUGGACCUGGGAGUGCACAGCAGUGACUCGGAGGGCACGCAGGUCCUCUCCCUCUACUGCCCCUUCUGGAUGCUCAACAAGACCGGCUUCACGCUCUGCUACAGGAAAUCAAAGAAACCAGAAAAAGACUCCAGCUCACCCAAUAAGAUUGCAAAUUCACGUUGCUGUGAUUUAGUUAAACGUCACUCGUCGUGCUCGAAUGCUGAUGAAAUGGGCAAUGUAAUCUUCCAUCCGAAAGAUUACAAGGAGCCGAUACUAUUUUCGUUCCGCGCUAAGAACUUCUUCGGCAAGAAGAAGGCGGCGAUCAGAGUGGAGUUCGGGGAGUGGUCGGACAAGUUCUCUCUGGACGUGCCCGGCAGCUCCGGAGUUGUAGUGUGUAGGAAUGAGGGCAGGACUUACCAGGUGGCAGUUACGAACCAGUUGACUUUCAACAGUUUAACGAAGAUGGUGAUAUUCACACCGUUCUUCCUCAUCAUAAACGAGGCGCCCUUCGCUAUACAGUACCAGGAGCUGCACAGAUCCGGCGAUCCUUGGAGAGAGGUGGCAGAAAAGUCGAGUUCAGCUCUGUGGCCGGUGGUGGAGCGCGAGGACAAGCUGCUGCUGCUGCGCGUGGCGGGCUCCGCGGAGCACGCCGCGCCCUUCCUCUACACCGAGCAGCACACCGUCUGCCUCAAGCUUAACAACGAGUACGGCGGUCUGCACGUGGAGGUGCAGCUGAGCGAGGGCGGCACGUACGUGACGGUGCGCCAGUACCGCGACGGACACGCGCCCGCGCUCCUCGUCAACUUCUCCCCCCACCCCAUAGUCGUCUACGAGCGGGAGAACGUCAACGUCAAAAAAAUACCGCCGAUGCAUCGCAUGCUGUUCACGUGGGAUAAUCCAGCGGGACCUCGCAUUCUAGUAUUCGAAGGCCAUAAGAAGAGUGAAAUAUACAAUGAUCUAAGAAAGGACGGCAUUGGAGAAUUUAUGAUAAACGAGACGGAGCGCAUGUCGUGGGUGUCGUUCCUGGACGGGCUGCAGCGCGUGGUGCUGGUGACGGGCGACGCGCUGCUGGCGGCGGGCGCGCACACGCUGGGCGAGGCGGAGCCGCUGCGCACCGAGCUGGUGCUGGCCAUGCACGGCCUCGGCCUCUCCCUCGUCAACGACACCGAGGCCCUCGAGAUCGUAUACGUCAGCAUAUCCAAUUCUGGAAAGGAAGCCUACCAGCGCUACAUCACUGAGAAGAUGGUCAGCGAUGAACCUGUUCCGUGUAGAAUAUUAAUCGAUGAAAAGAUGGAGAUAGGUAUGAAGCCGUUCAUCGAGGUGUCGAUAGUGGAGCGCAUAAUGGAGCACAGCAAGGUGCGCCAGUACAAGUACUACAAGGUGCUCAUCCAGGAGUUCCACGUGAAGGUGGACAUGGGCCUCAUCAACGCGCUCAUGGGCAUGUUCCCGCAGCGCCUGCUCACUGAACAGGAGGCGUUGGAGGCGUUCCAGCUGGACAUGGAGCGCGCGGGGCAGCCGCUGGAGGCGCUGGCCGCGCUCGGCGCCGCCUCCGACCAGAAGAACUUCUACGACAACUUGCACUUGUCACCGCUUAAGGUCCACGUAUCAUUUUCGUUGGGCGGUGCGACACAACUUCCCACGUUCGUAGGAACGUUGCUGCAAAGUAUUGGCGUCACAUUGACUGAUAUGAAUGAUGUCGUCUUCAAGUUGUCAUACUACGAGAGGAACUAUGAGUUCCUGUCGCAGAAGGAGCUGAUCAGUCAAGUGCAGAGCCACUACACGGGCCAGGCGCUGAAGCAGCUGUACGUUCUGGUGCUGGGGCUGGACGUCAUCGGCAACCCCUACGGCCUCGUUAUCGGACUCAAGAAAGGAGUCGAGGAUCUCUUCUAUGAACCUUUCCAAGGAGCGAUCCAGGGUCCGGGCGAGUUCGCGGAGGGGCUGAUGCUGGGCGUGCGGUCGCUGGUGGGGCACACGGUGGGCGGCGCGUAUCAUAGUUUUGUUGUCUCAGCUUGUGUAAUACAAAGUGCACGGUACGGUAGGGCGGCGGACCUGUCGGAGGAGGUGCGCAAGCGGCGCGCGGCGCGCUACCUGCCGCCCGACGCCGGCGUGCGGCCCUACUCCCGCCUGCAGGCUGAGGGCUACAAGAUGCUCUCCGAAUUGGAAAAGGGCAAGUUCGUGAGCACGGACACGUACGAGGCGCACGUGUGGGUGAUCGCGGGCAAGGAGGCCGUCAUGUGCACCGACAAGCGCCUGCUCUACCUCGAGCGGAACAACGUCUUCGGCGGCUGGCAGAUCGUGUGGACUUACCUGUGGUCGGAGAUUCCUGAAAUCCCAACAGCGGUUAGCAAGGGAGUCUACAUACCGACUGCAAAAAAGAAAGUGUUGGGAAUGUUCUCGAGCUCUGGUUCCGGCAAAGUGAUAUUCCUGUACGACGAGCAACAGAAGCGCUAUCUCCUAGCGCAGUGCGAGCGCUUGAUGCGAGCGCCGCGUUGACAUGAGCUCGUAGAAGGAACGUCGCGCCGCGCGCCGGCCGACUUCUUUCUACUUCUGGACCGCACCACGCUGCUGCUGACGCUGCACGCGCUCGCCUACCACUUCAAUCUGCACCAUCUACACCUGACAGGCUUCCGCUGAACUACAUAUUAACGUACAAGGUAACCAAAAUUUGUUAAAAAAAUAUCAUCUAAAUUUAUUUGUUACAUUCUUGAUGAGAUUAGUUCUUAAUCUGGCUAUAAUUUAUAUGGUCAAGAAAUGUAACAUUUGAUAAUUUUUAUUUUACGUAGCAAUGAGAUUCGAUUUCGUCUUUUAUUUUGGUUACCGUGUACUUUUAUUGUCUUGCUGACUGUACCUUAUGUAACGGGCUAUAUAACCGUGCUAUUUGUGUUAUUUACAGCAACGUACAAAUGCAAGUGCUAUAUACUGGUGUAAUAUAUAAAGUGUGUUCAUUAUCUGUGGAUUGUAGUUGCGUACGGACUUUUUUCAACCAAUUUAAUACCUCUUACUUUAAUGUUAUAUUCUAUAUUUUCUAUAGUUAUUAACGGUAUGUGUAAUGUGUAACAGUAGGUAUGUAGGAUACCACGUGACAAUUUAUCAAAUGUGAUUAUAACCAUAAUGCAUUUAUACAUACGUUUGUAAUGUUUACAAGAUUUUUGUAACUUUUUUCUUAUAACGAUUUUGUCUUCCGUUGUUUUUAAUGUUUUCUGUAUCGUAGGAAAUUAAAAACUUAUUAGAAAUCAAAAUUUUGAUUCUAUUGUUUGAAAUUAAGAUAUUUAAAAAUGUUAAAACCAUGUGUUAAGUUAAGUAAGUAAUAUUAUAGUUCUGUUUCAUGUUUGCUCUUUGUUAAAAUCCGUUAAAUUUAUUAUUAUUUUCGCUAUGAUACAAUUUAUUUAAAAACUAACAACACUUUUUGUAUAUUAGGAAAAUAUUGAAUAUUUGUUACAUUUUGUCUCUUUUAAACUAUGCACAAAUAUUUCUAAAGCGACGACUCACAUACAAAAACUGAAAAAAGUGUGUUUUUAAUUUUUAUUACUUUGUAUAAUUUAAUUUUUUGAACCUAAGAGUACAAACAUUUGAUAAAGUUAAAUUAUUUUCUUAAAAGAGUCGAAUGAAGUUUUGUUCGUUUUGGAAAAACCAGUGCCUUACAUAAGUAAUGCUUUAAACGUGCUUGUGUGUUUCGUAAGUGUUUGUGUCGCCAUAUUUUUUCCAUAAAGUUUAAUAAAUUGUUAAAUUUGUUUGAAAGUUAAAUGUUUAUAUGAAAACGAUUAACAAUGUGCCAGUGUUACCUUUGUACUUUGCUUUUUGCACGAUUUACUUUUGGACUUAAUCUUUAUUUGUCCAGCUUUUGUUUUAUAUAUAUA